AUGGGCAGAGCGCCGGCGCACACUCUGCUGCUGUCGUUGGUGCUGGGCUGCUCAGCUGCCUUCACCGAUGUGCUGCUGCCCGGCCCUGCAGAGCCAGUGGUCAACGUGGCCGUGGUGUUUGGGGGCACGUCCUACCCGCUGCACAUCCGCUCCCGCCUGAGUCCCCAGAGCUUCCUGGACAUGCCCCUGGAGAUCCACCCCAUCACCGUUGUUGUCAACAACACCAACCCCAGCACCCUCCUCACCCACAUCUGCGACGUGCUGGCCAGCCACAAGAUCCACGGCAUUGUGUUCGAGGACAACGUUGGCACGGAAGCGGUGGCCCAGAUCCUUGACUUCAUCUCCUCUCAGACCCAGGUCCCCAUCAUCAGCAUCAGCGGGGGCUCUGCGGUGGUCCUCAGCCCCAAGGAGCCCAGCUCAGCCUUCCUGCAGCUGGGCGUCUCCAUCGAGCAGCAGAUCCAGGUGAUCUUCAAGGUGCUGGAGGAAUACGACUGGAGCUCCUUUGCCGUCAUCACCAGCCUCUACCCGGGCUACAACAUCUUCCUGGAGCUCAUUCGCUCCUUCACUGAUGCCAGCUACUUCGGCUGGGAGCUGCAGGAUGUGCUCACCUUCGAGAUGAGCCAGGAGCGGAGCAGCUCCAGGACGCAGCGGCUCCUGCGGCAGCUUGAUGCCCAGGUGCUCCUGGUCUACUGCUCACGGGACGAGGCUGAGUUCCUCUUUGAGAUGGCUGGACAAGCCGGGCUGGUGGGGCCGGGCUACAUCUGGAUCGUGCCCAGCCUCACGGUGGGCAACAUGGAGCUGCCGCCCACCUCCUUCCCCGUCGGCCUCAUCAGCGUGGUGACAGAGAGCUGGAAGCUGAGUCUGCGGCAGAAGGUGCGGGACGGGGUGGCCAUCAUUGCCAUGGGGGCAGCCAGCUUCUUCCGAGCCCACGGCUUCCUCCCGGAUGUGGGACGGGACUGUCGGGCGCCCGCUGCUGCUGCCAACGCCAGCUUCUACCGGCACCUCCUCAACGUGACGUGGGAGCACAGGGACUUCUCCUUCAACGAGGGUGGUUACCUGGUCAGGCCCACCAUGGUGGUGAUCUCGCUCAACCAACACCGGCUCUGGGAGAUGGUGGGGAAGUGGGAGCACGGCAUCAUCCACAUGAAGUACCCGGUGUGGCCCCGCUACGGCUCCUUCCUGCAGCCCGUGGUGGACAACCGGCACCUGACGGUGGCCACGCUGGAGGAGCGGCCCUUCGUCAUCGUGGAGAACACCGACCCCAGCACCGGCGUCUGCGUGCGCAACACCGUGCCCUGCCGCAAGCAGACCAACGCCUCGGCCAGAACCCUGACCCAUUUUUCUCGGCGUGGUCUCAGCAGUGAUGGCCUCGCAGACCCCUACACCAAGCUGUGCUGCAAAGGCUUCUGCAUCGACAUCCUGAAGAAGUUGGCCAAGACGGUGAAGUUCUCCUACGACCUCUACCUGGUGACCAAUGGCAAGCACGGCAAGAUCGUGCGCGGGGUGUGGAACGGCAUGAUUGGUGAGGUGUAUUACAAGCGUGCGGACAUGGCCAUCGGAUCCCUCACCAUCAAUGAGGAGCGCUCCGAGAUCGUGGACUUCUCUGUGCCCUUCGUGGAGACUGGAAUCAGUGUGAUGGUGGCCAGGAGCAACGGCACUGUCUCACCCUCUGCCUUCCUGGAGCCCUACAGCCCAGCCGUGUGGGUGAUGAUGUUUGUGAUGUGUCUGACCGUGGUGGCCGUCACUGUCUUUGUGUUCGAGUAUUUCAGCCCUGUUGGUUACAACCAGAACCUCACCAGUGGCAAAAGGCCAGGAGGUCCCACCUUCACCAUCGGCAAAUCGGUGUGGCUGCUGUGGGCUCUGGUCUUCAACAAUUCCGUGCCCAUCGAGAACCCCAAGGGCACCACCAGCAAGAUCAUGGUGCUCAUCUGGGCCUUCUUUGCCGUCAUCUUCCUCGCCAGCUACACCGCCAACCUGGCGGCCUUCAUGAUCCAGGAGCAGUACAUCGACACCGUGUCAGGGCUGAGCGACAGGAAGUUCCAGAGGCCGCAGGAGCAAUACCCCCCGUUCCGCUUCGGCACCGUCCCCAACGGCAGCACCGAGAGGAACAUCCGCAGCAACUACCCCGACAUGCACACCCACAUGGUGAAGUACAACCAGCGCUCUGUGGAGGAUGCCCUCACCAGCCUCAAGAUGGGGAAGCUGGAUGCCUUCAUCUAUGAUGCAGCGGUGCUCAACUACAUGGCGGGCAAAGACGAGGGCUGCAAGCUGGUGACCAUUGGCAGCGGGAAGGUGUUUGCCACCACGGGCUACGGCAUCGCCCUGCAGAAGGACUCACGCUGGAAGCGGGCCAUUGACCUGGCCCUGCUGCAAUUCCUGGGAGAUGGUGAGACCCAAAAGCUGGAGACGGUGUGGCUGUCGGGGAUCUGUCAGAACGAGAAGAACGAAGUGAUGAGCAGCAAGCUGGAUAUUGACAACAUGGCUGGAGUCUUCUACAUGCUGCUGGUGGCCAUGGGGCUCAGCCUGCUGGUCUUCGCCUGGGAGCACCUCGUCUACUGGAAGCUGCGGCACAGCGUUCCCAAGUCCCACAAGUUCGACUUCCUCCUGGCCAUCAGCAGGGGCAUUUACAGCUGCUUCAGCGGGGUGCAGACCUUGGGCAGCCCCAGGCGGGCGCCCACGCCCGACGUGACGGCGAGCUCAGCCCAAGCCAACGUGCUGAAGAUGCUGCAGGCGGCCAAGGACAUGGUGUCGACGGCCAGCGUGGGCGGCUCGCUGGAGCACGCCACGCGAACCAUCGAGGACUGGAGCAGCCGCAGCGAGCACCUCCAGACCACCUUCUCGCUCAGGACGCCGCAGCUCGUGGUGCAGAACAGCACCGGCACGCAUCGGGGUCCCUCCUGCGGCCUCCCGCACCCCGAGAGGCUGCGCAGAGUCUACGCGCCCAAAGGGCCGCCCCGGGGGCUGCCUCUGCCCAUCCUCGUGGACUCCCGGGAGGAGAGAUGGAGAGGGCCGAGCGAGCGCACCGCCCGCGUCCUUCACCCCGUGAAGCUUCAGGGCGGCGGUGCGGCGGACACAGUCCCCCCGGGGCCCUUCCCGCACCUCCCGGCGAAGGCGGCGCCGGACGGGGAUUUCGAGGAGCACGCGCUGAUGGGGAACCAUAUCGGCGCUCCCGUUGCCGCCCCGACGCCUCCCAGGGAGCUCCCGCCGCCGGACAUCUACCGGGAGCACAGGCGGGCGGAGCGGCCGCCCACCGCCCCGCUGCUCUGCGGCGACGGGGCGGGGACGGCGCCGCGGCCGCUCCCGGCUUCGGAGGCGAGAAGGGAGGGGGGGAACGCGUCCCUUCCCCUCGCCUGCGCCCGCGGUUCCUUCCCCAAAGCCGCCAGGACUUGCAGAGCCGCCGCAGAGCGGGAGCAGCCGAGCCGGCGGGCGAGCGCGGACCGAGCGUCGCGGGAGCGGGGAGAGAAGCGUCGCGGUGCGGGGCUGCGGCGGUGCGGGGCGCGCCCACCCGCUGCCCGCGGCGACGUCCCCGACCUCUUCCCCGAAGCCGAGGCCGCCCAAGGCUGCGGUCUGCGCUGCCCCGAGGCCGCCGGGCGGCUGGCCGGGCCGGGCCGGGCGCCACGCUCCCCUCUGGCCCGGCUGCCGUCUUACCGAGAAGCGUGCCGGCAGAAGCCCCGCGGCACCGCGUGCGCGCCCUACGCCUGCGCGGACUCCUUCGCCCACCCGCCCCUCUGCCUGGGCCGUUCGUCCCGCGAGCACCCCGAGGUGCCGGGGGGCGGCCGGGGGCCGGGGCGCUGGGACGGAGCCCACAGAGACUGGGGACGGCGGGGGGAGCCGGGCUGGCCGCGCGCGGUGGGCGCGGAGUGGUUGGCGGCCCGCGGGGUGACGAGUCCCUGUGCCGGCGGGUCCUGGCGGCGGGUCUCCAGCCUGGAGUCCGAGGUCUGA